AUGGCGUCCGCCCAUGACGUAACGGUUAAGUAAACCUUCCCAUAACAUUAAUUAAGUAUUUUAUAUGUUUGUUGAACGAAGAAAGUUAAUAAUACAUAACUUAUUUCUUGUGAUAAAAUGAAUUCCAAAGUUUACAAGUGGUGUAUGGUCCCUAUGUGUAAAAACACAUCAAUAACAACACCUAACAAAUUGUUUCUUUACGUUCCAAAUAAGAAAAUAAUGAGAGAUAAGUGGCUGGAGCUUGCAGGGCGAAACCCAGCAGAAAUAGUUUCGAAUUCACCAGUUUAUUUUUGUGAAGACCAUUUUGAUCUACCAAAUGAUAUGGAAAAUUAUAUGGAGUAUCGUGUAAUGGGGUUCGUAUCACAAGUACGUAAGAAACCAGGUUGCAUUCCUACAAAAUUUGCAUGCCAAACAUACAAAAAUAAUCAAAGCCUAUCCGAUACUAUAGAACCACAAAAUAUAUGUAAUAAACGUAAGGUAACGGCUCUAGAAAAAUGUGAAAAGCAAUCAGAAGAAAAUUGUAUGUUCAGAAAACAUUUAAAAACAGAAGAAAUAGCAUCUGGAAGUUCAGUUGAACCAGAAAUAAUAUAUACGGAAGAGAGUAAAACAGAUUGUAAAUAUGGGGAAGACUCUCAAAACAUUGGUUCUCCCAAAUGUGAACCAAAAAUAAAGAAGGAAAAAUUGGAUGACAUUGAAGAUAUCAAGGAAAAUGUAUCAAAAAAUAAUUUCAUAUUUAUAAAAAGUGAAAUUCCUGAGGAAGUUGGACUCAAGGAGGAAGAUGAAUAUUCUUUGGUUGAACAGUUAUUGGAACUAGUUAAUCAAACUGAGACAGUUAAGGAAGAAUUAGCAGAUGCCUCUGAUGAUACAAUAAAAAAAGAAAAGCAAGUUUGAAAUUAAGAGGGUGAAUAAAUUUGUCCCUAAUUCUUUACUGGAGGGACUAUUUCUUGACAGUUUCUACUGAAAAAGAUUCAUGGGAUUUAAAAAAAAAUUGUCAUCUGAAAUAUCAAAACUCAAGAAGUAUUUCUGCGUGAAUUGUCAGUUAACAGAGAGUAUAUGGCUUGUUUGAACAAAAUGCAUCAAAAUAAGGUAAGCGAACGCUGUUGCUUUUGUGGUUGCCAAACUAUUUUUAAUCCAAAGUUAAUAAAUCCGUAUUGAUCGCACAUGAUAGAAAAAUAUUGGACUAUAAUUAUUGAUUUUGUGAUUUUGUUACUUGGUUGAAACACUUCACGCUACAAGAAAAAUGUGCUAUUUGUGUGUGUCUGUAUUAUUUUAAGAUUUUAUAGACUGAAAAAACUGAUAUUAGUAAGUUGAGUUAUAUUCAAAAUAUUUUUAUAAACAGAAAAAGUAUCUUGUGAAUAAUAAAGUAUUUUAACGAA